AUGUCCUUCCUCCGUCGACUAUCGAAUCCAUUCAUGAUCUGGGCGCCGCGCAGAUUCCAUUCUGAAGACAUUCCUCAGCAGCUCAAGGACGAGAUCUUCCAGUUGCAAUUAGGGAGAGACGAUUUUAUUCGCAUCGACGAAUACACUUUUCAGCGUGCAGGAAUUUGCGGGUCUCAUGGUUUUGCCCGCAAAACACUCCGUGCUCUGCACAAAAGUGGCAUCGUCGACGAGUCGACGGGUCGGCCCAUCACCACAAAGAUCGAUCGCGACAUCGUGACAACAUCACGGUUCCUCAGCGUGCCCAAGCAGCGCGAACUGGUUAUGUUUCUCUUCUUCUGGGAGGAGGAAGUCACACGCUGGGAUCUGCUCUGUGCCGAAGAAGCUGAGAUCGGGAGCCUGUUGCAAGGAAACGAAGUUCGGGAAGUCUUCAAGGUGGAACUACAGAAUGCGCUGAAAGUUCUGAGGUCGAGAAAGCAGUCCUGGCCGAGUCGGAGGGACCAAAGUGGGAGGGCGCUCGAGGCGGAAGAAGGCAGGUUGCCCAGUUAUGCAGAAGCCACGUCCUGA